AUCGUAGGUGUUGUCGAGAGAGGAUGCGUCAGUGGCGAUGUCCGGAUUGCUUUUAUUCAAUUAGUAUGUGAUUGGGAUUGAGAAAAGGGAAUCCUAUCUUUUAGAUCGAGCGUAUACGGCCCGUUCAAGGGAUCAACAAGUGUCCAGCCAAGUCAGACUGUCUCAGAGAUGAGCCGGGGGGACAGUGGCAGGUGCAAUGUUCAUGAAGGCUUUACCUAGAGCAAAGAUGGAGGUGACAGGGCAGGACAUCAGCUUCUCCCUUCAGCACGGCCUGGUCAGGGACACCACCACCGUCAAUGCCUCACAGCUGACUCUCAAGACCCUCAAGGACCGAGCCUGCGACUUCAUAAAUUCUAAGUUCCCGGAGCACUCGCUGAACAAGCUGAACGAGCGGCUGAUCCUGUUCCGCCACGACUACGACUCGCCCAACAUCCUGCAGAUCAUCAACGCCGCCUCCGAGGUCACGCAGGACACCCUCAUCGAGAUCGUCAUGUCGGCUCACAACCCUUCAGAUGAGGUGCAGAUCCGGCCUCACAUGCUCUACGUUCAUUCCUACAAGACGCCCACCUUCUGUGACUUCUGCGGGGAGAUGCUGUGGGGCUUGGUGCGACAGGGUCUCAAGUGCGAAGGUCCCGCACUCCUUUGCACUGCACAGCUACACUACGCCCACCAUUUGUCACUACUGCAAGAAGCUAUUGAAAGGGUUGUUCAGGCAGGGUGUGCAGUGUAAGGACUGCAAGUUCAAUGCACACAAGAAGUGUUCAGAGCGAGUUCCCAAAGACUGCACAGGGGAAGCGCCGAAGAAAGAAAGAAAAAUAGGCAUCCACUACACCCAGAUCACUGAGGGAAGACUGAUCAGGCUGAUUGGGAGCAGAAAUGCAUCACAGUUUACAUCAGAGAAAAUAGUGUCAGACAUGGGGGUUUUAGGCGAGGAUGGUGACACAGGCUCUGAUGUCCCUGCGGAUGAGGAGAGUGACACAGACUCGCCCCCAGAUGGAGAUGUGGUGGAUGACGAGCCAGUGGUUGGACGAGGGCCAGACAGUCCAUCAUCAAGUAAUAACAUUCCGCUGAUGAGAAUCGUGCAGUCGGUCAAGCACACCAAAAGGCCAUCAAAGGUGCUAAAAGAGGGCUGGAUGGUCCAUUUCACCAACAAAGACAGUAUGCGCAAGAGGCACUACUGGCGACUAGACACCAAGAGCAUAACUCUGUACCAGAACGAGACCAGCACCAAGUACUACAAGGACAUCCAGCUCUCUGAGGUGCUCAACAUAGAAACGGCAAAACAAGCGCAGCCUGCAGAUGUGAGUAGAGGAGUGAUACACUGCUUUGAGCUCCGUACGGCUAAUGUCGAUUACUAUGUGGGAGAGGAACCUAUAGGCAAGAAGGACGGGACACCAGUUGUUAAUCCUCCAGAGAGCGGUAUUGGAUUGUACCUUGCAAAGGUUUGGGAGAAUGAGAUUCGCAAGGCCCUGAUGCCUGUGACUCCGCAGGCCAGCAGCACACCCACGCACCCCCAGCAAGUGGGGAUGGACAAGGAGGAGGCCACCUGCAAUGACAUCUCACAGAUCUACCAGAUCUUCCCUGAUGAGGUCUUGGGCUCAGGACAGUUUGGCAUUGUGUAUGGAGGUGUUCACCGCAAAUCAUCAAGAGCUGUGGCCAUCAAGGUAAUUGACAAGCUUCGGUUCCCCACCAAACAGGAAGCUGCCCUGAAGAAUGAGGUGGCCAUCUUGCAGAAUCUAAGUAACCCGGGAGUGGUCAACUUAGAGCGUAUGUUUGAGACGCCUGAGAGAAUCUUCGUGGUGAUGGAGAAGCUGAAGGGCGACAUGCUAGAUAUGAUCCUGUCUUCAGAUCAGGGAAAGCUAUCCGAGCGCAUCACAAAGUUCCUAAUCUAUCAGAUUUUGGCUGCUCUGAAACACCUUCACAGCAAGAACAUUGUUCACUGUGAUCUGAAGCCAGAAAAUGUUCUCCUCUCCACCGACAGUGAUUUCCCUCAGGUCAAGCUGUGUGAUUUUGGAUUUGCUCGUAUCAUUGGAGAAAAGUCGUUCAGAAGAUCUGUGGUUGGAACACCAGCAUAUUUAGCUCCGGAGGUCCUGCGCAACAAGGGUUACAACAGGUCCCUGGACAUGUGGUCUGUUGGAGUGAUUACGUACGUCUCCCUCUCGGGCACCUUCCCCUUCAACGAAGAUGAGGACAUUAAUGACCAAAUCCAGAAUGCAGCUUUCAUGUACCCACCAAACCCUUGGAAGGAAAUCACACAAGACGCCAUUGAUCUUAUCAACAACCUUUUACAAGUGAAGCAGAGGAAGCGCCUCACAGUGGACAAGUCCUUGGCCCAUGUUUGGCUGCAGGACUACCAGUGCUGGUGUGACCUCCGUGAGCUGGAGAGGAUAGUGGGCAUCCGCUACAUCACUCAUGAAUCGGAUGAUGCGCGGUGGGCAUCCUACAGGAGAGUGGGCUCAUCUCCCAUGUCCCCCUCGCCAGAGGCCACAGAGGAUGUGCUGGCUGCAUAGCUGCAUAAUAGUUAUAGUGAAAAAAAUUGAAAAUAUAUAUAUAUGAAGGUAAUGCCCCACUCUGUGGACUCUUAAGCUAUGUAAAAUAAAAAAGAAGGUAUUGCCCUCUUUGUUAAGGCUGUAAAAUGGAUCCAGCAGUUUGGAAGAUGCGAGGUUGAAGAUUUGAAUGGGCAAUUGGUUUUGUUUAUAAGAUGAGGACAAAAUGCAUGUAGAAUAACUGGUUUAAAUGAUGUGGGAAAGAGUGUAAUGAAGUUGCCUUUUACCUAUUAGCCUGGUUAUUAAAAAAAAAAGGAAAAAAAAAAGAAAAAAGUUAGCUCUGAACAAAGGGGACAGGGUUUGGUAGUUUUUAUGCAUUCUGGAUUAGUUAUGAUUCAAAACCUUAUGUAUGAAUGACAUAAUGCAGACCAUUAUUGGAUGAAUCCCUAAAUGAGUAUAUUUUUUAAAAGAUGACUAUUGGCUGUAUAGUAUGACUCAAGAUCCACUUGUAACUUUUAUUCCAAAUUUUCAAUUAAUGUUCUUCAGGGAAAUAGUAAAAGUCAAGUGUAUUUCCUCAUUAAUUUAGUGGUUCUAAUGAGUCCAGUGUAGUCCACUGUGCUUUAUGGUUAGUUCAGCGAAAACAUACCUCGGGAAGGGUUUUGAUCUAGAGCCCAGAUUUUAUUUGUGAACCACAUUUGGUCUUGCUGACUGAAGAGCUCAAAAGGAGGUGUAGAAUAACCUAACUUAAACAUAUAUGUAUGUAUGAUAUUUUUCAUGUUUUGUUUUGUUUUUAUUUUUUUAGACAUUCAGGUCAGAGUUGUGAAAUAUAUAUAUAAAAAAGAAGAUUGCUCAUUAGACAGAGAGGAAAAAAUAGAGCAUGAGAUGUUAGUUCAUCAUAACCUGCAAUGAGUGAAUGCAGGGAAUUGAAUAUGUGAUGGUGAGAAGCUCAAAACUUGGCAGUUUUCCUGUUCCAAGUGACCCAGUAAGAAGAAAAUUUAGAAAAACGCCUUGCUAAGAAAUAAAUUAUUGUUUCAUAUUGAAGUUAAUCAAUGGGAUCUGCCAAGGAGAGGUUGUCUUGUAUAUUUUUUAGACAUUAUUAUCAGUGUGUCUAAUUAAGGGUAUGUGGAAUUCAGCUGUUUCUUGUGUGCAACUUAAUUUUCUCUCUCUCACAAAAUAGAGUAUAUUGGUAUAUUAUGUGUCGGAGAUCACUAGCAAAACAUAAUGUAGGAAGCACGUGUGUCGUUUUUUUAUCUCUGAACAAUUACAUCCUUCUUCAUUUUAAAACACUUAAUAGUUUUUUUUCCAUAAUAUGAUGUAUAUGUGAUCCUAAAUAUGUAAUUACAAGUUUGAAUGUUUUUCACACUAUUUGUGACUGAAACUUUCAUCUUUUUUGGUGUUAUUCUUUUAAAGUUAAUAGAUAAGUGUCCUGAAGUGGUGAGGAGGUUACAACUUGCCAGAAAAGGAUGCAUGAUAGCAAUAUUAUCUCCAGGUCAUUAUUAAUAUAUAUUUUUUUUUUACAUGAACAUACAGAUAAACUUGCACAAAUACAUUAACACAGGACACUUGCAUGCACAAAUAAUCAUACAUGAACAUAUAUACACAAGAAUACAUUCUUUCAUACAGGCAUAUAGUAAUGACCCAUUUAUGAAAAAACUACAGUGUAUCAUUGUAUGUUUCAUUGGCAGCAGGUCUAUUAUAUGAGAGUAUGAUGUAUGAAAUUUGCAUAUGAUAUUUAAAGGUUGGAAUGGAGCAUUUUGACUUUUGCCUAAUUUAAUGUCAUAUUUCCCAGAACAGCAGAUGCUUGUGUGAUACUCAAAACAAAAAGCAGACACUGUUCAUAAACAGAAGAGCUUUGGCAACAAUUUCAUGUCUUAGUAUGCUCAAAUGUUGACACACAUCAUCAAUAAAAUGUGGCACAAAUACCAUUCAACAGUAAUUGGUAACAAGAAUUCUUUUGAUUGAUUUCAAAAUGGGGCUUCCAGUACCAUGAUACCUAGCUUUGUCCUGGGUCUGACUGACAGUAUUAAUGCCUUGUGCUGAGUUUGCUGCAAAACAUUCAUAAAGAUAGUUGAGUACCUCUGCAAUUGGUGGUAAUGUAGCAGGAGAAGCAUGUUAAGGUGUUCAAGGAAUGUUGUAAACUGAUUUAUAAUAAUUUCAGUGUUUGACAAUAUUUAAGUGUUAUGAAACAAGUAUAAUGACAGCAUAUUAUUAUCGCCAUUGCUCUUUUACAGAGAGCUUAAUAUCAUGAUUUUGAAAAAUGUUCUCUACCUUUGUAAGUUCUAAACAUACAUAAUAUAAACACACAAUUAAAUGAACAUGCAAAAUCACACAUGGUAUUCUGUCUUUUUUUUUAUUAUUACUUUUAAAUCUUUCUAUUCCUACUUCUCUUUCCUUCAGUACAUUUACAUAUGCAUAUCAUUUGUAUAUAAUGAAAUUUUCUUUCAUGAUUAAAAAGAUUUAAUAUGAUCAUUGUGCUCAGAAAUUUGUUUUGAAAAUGAGAUGUGAAAUUUACACUUGAACCUAAUUUGAAAAGUACUUCAGAAGCCACCUUCAAACAGUAUGGUUUAUUUUUUUGUUAUGUACUAAUAAUGAAUUCACAUAAAAGAGAAGCGAUAACCAGAUUAUAAGUGUGUGAUUGAGAAGUAUGAUGUUAAAAGUUGGAGUUUAGAAGAGCACAAACGGACUUCUCCCUUUCUUUAUGGUUAUCAACUAUACACUAAUGGUUAGCAGUGGUACCAGAUUUUAUUUGCAUAUGCUGUUGCUUUGGUUUAAGAUUAUUUUUUAGAACUGUUUAAUAUUAUAAUUAGGAUGUAAUCCAUGGUUACUCUGCUGCUGCUUGCUUAACUUUGUUGUAGACAUUCCUUUAUUCUUAUGUUGGUUCCAAUGAAAAUUUGUACUUAGUCUUAUUUUUCUUUAUAAAGUUUAAUGUAUGUAAAAUUCAAAGUUUGAAAGUAAAAUCUCAACAAAAUUUGGGUUGCUUAAUAAAAGUGGUUUUAUAUGGAAA